ACAAACCGUUAGUUUCAGAGCGACAAAGCCAUUCCAAUGCUUCAGAUGAUGAUGAACAUGUUUCUGAUGAUGAUCCUCACGCACAAGGUCCAAACUCCUUGGACACUGGGAUUAAUAGGAAAGUUAAUGGUGGAACUGCAGAGAAUUUAACUAGAUCAGGUGAUGAGGUGUUUCUAGAUGCAAUUGCAAACUUUUCAGAUGGUGGACCAAGUCCAGGAAGUAAAGAACCUCUGCGAGAUAGCUUGGACUCGGCUACUGAAGUGAAAAUAGUCGAUAUAAAAUAUCAAGACAUUUUAGGGUCUUCUGAUUUUAAUGAUGUAAAUCAGUUAAUUGUCAAAUUAACAAAUGAUAGCCAAAUGCAAGAUCCUAGUAUUUUGCAAAGGGAAAUGGUCAAGGAUGGACACUUGCUGGAGUUGCAAGGUCAACUAUCAGGCUCUCAUGUGGUUCCACUAUCAAAUUCCAUCACAGAUUUGAGGACUGUUAUGCAUAGUGAUGAUUUUUUUGGUUUGUCGAGUGACUCAAAUCCCAGCAAAGGUGAAGCGGCACCAAAUAUGUUGCCAGAAAAUAAGAUAUAUGCUGCUGAAAAUGUGAGGCAUUGCAGUUUGGCAUCUGUUGAAAAGGAGACUAAUUUGGAAGAACAUGAUGAGAUUAAAUCAGACUCUGACAUGAUUGACAUUGUAUUCUUUUCCGAUAAUACUGUUGGUGAAGCAAUUGAGGGAAUGAUUAAAAUAGCAGUUACUGAUGUGGUUAACUCGGAAUGUCAAAUGACUAGUGGAGCUUUUAAUCUGGAAGAAAAGAACAAUGUUGAGCUCCUUUCUGUGAUACCGCAAGAGGAAGUUUCCCUUGAAGUAAAUUCUAUUUUAAGCACAAACACCGCCACAGAUGGUGUUCAAGUAGAGUCUGCACACAAGAUACAGUUUGUUACUUCUGGUGAUGCCAAGUCGUUGCAAGAAAUGAGAGAAGGAAAUGUUAACAUGUUUACAACUCCUUUAUGUGAUGAUAAAGCUGAUGUGUCACAUCCCCAAAAUGAGUGUGCAGAAUUUAAAGAUCAUGAAAGAGUGUUAACACGAAAUUCUUUAAGCCUACCCUCAUCUGAAGCAUGGAAGCCAAAGCAAGAUGAGUUGAAGGGUUCUGACGAUGAGGAACAAUAUUUUCUUAUCAACCAAAGUCAAUUGAGUGAAAAAAGAGAGGUCCUCCCUCCAGAUGGGCGUGUUUUUGAUAGAAUCAUGAAGGAGCAGGAAAGCCGUGGGCUUGUGGCUGAAGAAAUGCAUGCUGAAGAGAGCAUUGAAGUUUCUUCUGUCAAGUUCGUGACUGAAAGUGACAAAGGAUCAGAUGAAACUGGAGCCUCUAUGAAUGCUCUGAAAACUGAGAUGAAUGAGAAUUACAUGAUUCAUUUUUCUGAAGAAAGGAGAUCAGAUGGUGUAGGUAAAAAUUCACAGAUUACUUUACCAGAAUUUAGCUUCAUGGCCGCAUCAAAAGAGAAUUCCAGUGAUACAACCAUUGGUGGUUCAACCACUGAAACAACCAGUGUAAUCAGCAUGAAGGAAAUAACUUUCACAGAUGUAGAUGGCAAGUGCAGAGGAGCUAAUGUUGAUACCGGAAUCAGAAAAAAAACUCUUCAACUCAGAAACCUGCAUUUGGAAGUCAAGCCAUCAAGUGGUGUUUAUAAAAUUGAUGGUGUGGUUGAAAUGGGUAAAUUUGAAAAUUGUGAUAUAACUGAUGGUCAGUACAUGGAAAGGUCCAUUGUGAAAGAUUCUUCAUUGCCUAAUCCUGUUGACAGUAAUUUUGAAUGUCCCAUUCUUUCAGAAGUUGUAAUGGAUAGACCUGCAAGGACGCCAAAAGGUAUUGAAUGUACAAAUAGAGGUCCACAAUCAGGCGUUCAGGAAGACAUCAGAGACGAUGAAAUCAAUAGCAGUUGCAGAAUAAACAAAGAAUGCAAUGGAUUCAUUAGUACAUCUGCUGAUUCACAUCAAAAACAAGAUGCAGAAUUAGUGAAGGCUGUAGAAGACCUUGACACUCAAGGAGAGAAUGGCAGGGAAAUGUCUGGAAUUACUUUUGUGCCUGUUCAAGAUCAAAAUGGUAAUAACAAGGUUCAACUACCUUCAUCUACAAUUUACACUUCGAUUGAUUAUGGUAUCCAGUGUGACAGUUUAGAAGGAAACCGGGGCUCAGUUUCAGAUUUUGUACAAGGUGUUAUUGAUGUGGAAGGUUUACCAUCAACUGAUUUGGUGAGGUCAAAAGAAGCAGGGAAAUCCAACUUGAAGGACCCUAAGGCUGCAUCUAAGAAACAACAAUUUGAAACAUCAGAAAUGUUUGAACCGCCAUCUUUCAUGACUUUGGUUGAACCCGGACAUGCGAUUGCUGCAUCUGAAAUCCACAACGGACUGAACCAACAUCCCAGUUCUACCUCUUCGGAGGCUGGUUGGUUUCCCACUCUAACUCAAGUUACUAACGAGUCUCAAGGGAGAAAGAGGAAUGAAGAAAUAAUAACUAAGAUAUCAAACUACAGAACCAGUAAACAGCACACACCUCCACAGAGUCCAUUGGGUGAGGCUGCCCAUAGCAACAAGCCUGAGUCUCCAAAAUUGGAGGAAAAUUCAAUGAUUCAUAAAAAUGGUGAGUCACCUGCUGCUAAAGGCGUUAAAGGAGAGGGUGGAAAAGGUUGGAACUCCCCAGCAAGAUACGCUGCUAACAAGAAGAGAAAAAAUAAGAAAGUCAAGAGCAAACAAAAUUGGAUACCAUUUGUGUGCUGCUCAUCUGUGGAUUCUCCACGAAGAUAGAAGAUUGAUAGCUGUGUGGUGAUAACAUCGUGUUGUUCUCCACUCUGAUUCUGGUUUUUGACUUUGACAUACUGUUUGUGCUUAUUAUCUUUAUCUGUUCUUUAGUUAAUUUGUUGUAGUUUUGGUACAUAUUUUUGCUAAUCCUAGCCAUCCCAAGUGGCUGGUUGUAUGUUUGGAGGAUCUUCGAUUAUUAUUUUUCAUGUGACGUCUCAUUUCAUUCUGAUGUAUAAAUUUUGUAACAAGGUUUUAUUUGAAGGCUACUUGGGAAGUGAAAAUAUACAUUUGAUGCUAGU